AUGUAUUGCAAGGACCUUCGUAAUAAUGGUCACACUAAAUCAGCAGUGUACGACAUUUAUCCCUCUGGGGCAAGCUCUCGUCCUGUCAAAGUUUACUGUGACAUGGAAACAAUGGACGGGGGAUGGACGGCAAUCCAAAAAAGAGUGAACGGAUCUGAGAGCUUUGACAGGAAUUGGACAGAAUAUAAGAAUGGUUUUGGUACACCGGAACAGGAUAUCUGGAUCGGAAAUGACCUUAUCCACCGGCUUACAGAGAAAAAGAAGUCAUCCCUCUUGGUUUCCAUCACUCUAGUGAAUGGUACAAGACUAUUCGAAUUGUACGACCAGUUUUCUGUGUCGGAUGAAGCAGAGAAGUAUAAAAUUUUUCUGGCGGGAAAUGCUACUGGAACCUUAGGUGACAGCAUGCUUAACACCGGGUUAAACGGCAAAAAUUUAUCUGGGAUGUACUUCAGUACGCCCAAGACGGAUAACGACAAGAGUGGAGGAUUCUGUGCCGGAAGUGUAGGAGCACGAGGAGGGUGGUGGUUUAACGAUUGUCACUACGCCUUCCUUAACGGUAACUGGGCCUCAGUGAUGUGGACACUACCUUGGUAUCCUACAAUUACGUCUGCAUUAUCUAUUAAGGAAACGAUGAUGAUGAUCAAGCGACACUAG